AUGGAUGAAGAAAUAUGGAGUGGUUCUUCAAGUGAGGGCAUUAAUGAGAUUAAUAUUGAGAAUGAAAUGGAGGAAACAGAAAAUGUAGAAGUCGAACCUGAAAAUGUAGAAGUUGAAACUGAGGAUCCUAAGGUGGGAAUGAUGUUUAAGUCAAGUGACGAAGUUUAUGAAUAUUAUGCAACAUAUGGGAAGAAAAAUGGUUUUGCGGUGUCUAAGAAAAAUUGUAAAAAGGGAGGCGAUGGGGAGAAAAAAUAUAUAACUCUUGCUUGUACUCGUGCUAGGAAGGCAAUAAUCAAAACAAGCAAUCCAGUUAAAUUACGGCCACAAACAAGAACGGGAUGCAAAGCUUGCAUUAAUGCAAUUCUACAACCCGAUGGAAUGUGGCUAUUGCGAUCCUUAGUACUUGAGCAUAACCAUAAAAUGAGUCCAACCAAAUCUCGUUUUUUCAAGCAAAAUAGGAUACUUGAGCCGCAUGUGAAGAGGAGAUUUGAAUUAAAUGAUAGAGCGGGGAUUAGGAUGAACAAAAAUUUCACUUCACUUGUGUUGGAAGCUGGAGGGCGUGAGAAGUUGUCAUAUUUAGAGAAAGAUUGUAGGAAUCAUAUAGACAAAGUUCAUUGUUUACGACUUGAGGAAGGAGAUGCCACUGCAAUGUAUAAUUAUUUUGUGAAAAUGCAAGGUGAUAAUUCAGACUUUUUUUAUGUCUUGGAUUUGGAUGGAAAUGGUCGAUUACAAAAUGUAUUUUGGGCCGAUGCGAGGAGUAGAGCAACAUUUAAAGAGUUUGGGGAUGUGGUCACAUUUGACACAACAUACUUGGUAAAUAAAUAUGAUAUGCCAUUUGCCCCAUUUGUUGGUGUGAACCAUCAUGGACAGUCGACAUUGUUGGGUUGUGGACUUAUUUCACAUGAAGACACAGAGACAUUUACAUGGCUAUUUCAGUCUUGGCUUGCAUGCAUGUCUGGAUUCCCUCCCAAUACUAUUAUUACAGAUCAAGACAAAGCCAUGAAAAAAGCCACACAGAUUGUUUUCCCUAAUGCGCGUCACCGAUGGUGUUUGUGGCAUAUUAUGAAAAAAUUGCCUGAACAAUUGAGAGGAUACAAGGAAUAUGAAGCAAUAAAAUUUGGUAUUCAGAAUGCAGUUUAUGAUUCAUUAACUACAGAAGAAUUUGAAGAAAAUUGGGGUAAGUUCAUUGAGGAGUAUCAACUUCAUAGCAAUGAUUGGUUACUUAGGUUGUAUGAGGAAAGACAUCGAUGGGUACCUGCGUUUGUCAAAGACAUUUUUUGGACAGGAAUGUCAACCACACAGCGUAGUGAAAGCAUGCACGCAUUCUUUGAUGGGUACAUUAACUCGAAAACCACUUUGAAACAAUUUGUGGAGCAAUAUGAAAAUGCUAUGGCAAAGAAGGUUGAAAAUGAAAAUGGUGAAAAAUUCAAUUCUCUCAACUCAUACAUCCCAUGCAUAACUCAAUAUCCAUUUGAAAAGCAAUUUCAAAAUGCUUACACAAUUGCAAAAUUCAAAGAGUUCCAACAGGAGGUUGUAGGAAAGAUUUAUUGCAAUUUGUCUCUGUGUUCAGAAGAUCUUAAUUUUUCUGUGUAUGAAGUAAGUGAAGAUGUUCCCUUUGGAGAAAGCCUUAGACUUGCAACUUUCACAGUAUAUUUGAAAGAGGACAGCUCUGAAACAAAUUGUAGUUGUCAGUUGUUUGAGUUUAGGGGAAUAGUGUGUAGGCAUCAAAUUGCAGUGCUCAUGAAAAAAAGGAUUCAUCAUAUGCCAGACAAGUAUAUUUUAAGAAGAUGGAACAAAAAUGUGAAAAGAUGUCACACUAAAGUGCAUAUCAGUUAUGAUAACUCUUCUAUUAAGCCUAAAGCACGUCGCUAUGAUAAAAUGUUCAAUGUUUUCAAUGAGGUGGCUGAUUUGGCAACUAGUUGUGACAAUAAGUGUGAUAAGGUGGUUGAACAGUUACGUGAACUAAAAGGGGAGUUGAAAGAAGAAGUUGAUGUUGUUAGUGGAAGUAACAAGUUUGGUUCUAUGAGUACUCAGAAUGCUUAA